CAGAGACACCGCAUGCCCCGGGCCCCUAUGUGGAGAUCAUCGAGCAGCCCAAGCAGCGGGGUAUGCGCUUUCGCUACAAGUGUGAGGGCCGAUCGGCUGGCAGCAUCCCCGGGGAACGGAGCACAGACACCACCAAGACUCACCCCACCAUCAAGAUCAAUGGCUACACAGGGCCAGGGACAGUUCGCAUCUCCCUGGUCACCAAGGACCCCCCUUACCGGCCUCACCCCCACGAGCUGGUGGGGAAGGACUGUCGGGAUGGUUUCUAUGAGGCUGAGCUCUGCCCGGACCGUUGCAUCCACAGCUUCCAGAACCUGGGGAUCCAGUGCGUGAAGAAGCGGGACCUGGAACAGGCCAUCAGCCAACGCAUCCAGACCAACAACAACCCCUUCCAAGUUCCCAUCGAGGAGCAGCGCGGGGACUACGACCUGAACGCCGUGCGGCUCUGCUUCCAGGUGACUGUGCGGGACCCCACCGGCAGGCCGCUCCGCCUGGCCCCCGUCCUCUCUCAUCCCAUCUUUGACAACCGUGCCCCCAACACGGCUGAGCUCAAGAUCUGUAGAGUGAACCGGAACUCAGGGAGCUGCCUCGGGGGCGAUGAGAUCUUCCUGCUGUGUGACAAGGUGCAGAAAGAGGACAUCGAGGUGUAUUUCACGGGACCCAACUGGGAGGCUCGAGGCUCCUUCUCCCAAGCGGACGUGCACCGGCAAGUGGCCAUCGUGUUCCGGACCCCGCCCUACAUGGACCCCAGCCUGCAGGCCCCCGUGCGCGUUUCCAUGCAGCUGCGCAGGCCCUCAGACCGAGAGCUCAGCGAGCCCAUGGAGUUCCAGUACCUGCCAGACACAGAUGACCGCCACCACAUCGAGGAGAAGCGCAAGAGGACAUUUGAGACCUUUAAGAGCAUCAUGAAGAAGAGUCCGUUCAACGGACCCACUGACCCCCGGCCUGCUUCCAGGCGCAUCGCUGUGCCAAACCGCAGCACAGCUGCUGUCCCCAAGCCAGCUCCCCAGCCCUACGCCUUCACGCCAUCCCUCAGCACCAUUAACUAUGAAGAAUUUCCCCCCAUGGUCUAUACUUCCGGGCAGAUGCCAAGCCAGACUCCGGCCUUGGCACCGGCCUCUGCCCCAGUCCUGGCCCAGGCCCCGGCCUCCGCCAUGGCUCCUGUCCUGACACAGGCCCCGGCUCCAGCCCCGCUCCUCACCCCCGGCCUCACCCAGGCUGCAGCCCCUCCGGUGCCCAAGCCGGCUGCAGCGGGAGAGGGCACCCUGUCCGAUGCCCUGAUGCACCUGCAGUUCGAUGCUGACGAGGACCUGGGGGCACUGCUGGGCGCCAGCUCCGACCCCACUGUCUACACCGACCUGGCGUCGGUCGACAACUCGGCGUUCCAGCAGCUGUUAAGCCAGGGGGUCUCUGUGCCCCCCACCACAGUUGAGCCUAUGCUCAUGGAAUACCCCGAGUCUAUCACACGCCUGGUGACGGAGUCCCAGAGGCCCCCUGACCCAGCGCCUACCCCUGUGGGGGCUGCCGGUCUCCCCAACGGGCUCCUGUCUGGGGACGAAGACUUCAGUUCCAUUGCAGACAUGGACUUCUCAGCCCUCCUCAGUCAGAUCAGUUCCUAAGCUGCUGCACUGGCCCUGCCCUGACCCCUCCCACAUCGAGCACUUACGGAUUCUGAGGGGCAGGGGGUGCGCCUGUUCCUCCAAUGUCUUUGAGUGAUGUCUUCCUAGGGCAGGUGGGCAGCGUCUUCUUGUAUCGGUGGCGUCUUCUCUUUCUGGAGGUGACAUAAGCCGAAGCAUUAACUCUCCUGGGAGGAGAUGAGCUACAAGGGCCAGCCCUGGCGGCUCCUAUCUCUGUCGGGAAAUAUGGGCCCCCCAACCCCGUCCUUUAGCUUUCCGCCUUUUUUCCGAAGAGCGGGACUGCCGCCGGAGCCCUGGCCUCAGAGGCCACACAGCCUUAUCACCCAGUGUCUUCCUCAAGCCGUGGAUUCACUGAC